GAUGGGGCGGAGUCCCGGCUACCGCGGGCGUUGGGCGGUGCGGGGAAGUGGGAAUCGUUAGGUUCGCUCGGGACACGCCGCCCAUGGCCCAGGCGUCUCGUUCUGGUGGCCUUCUGCCUCCGCUUGCUACGGUGCCGCCGUUGUGGGCGCGCCCCGACGGCGCUGGGGAAGAGCCGCGGGAGAGAAGGCUGGCGGGCGCUGUCGGCCGGGACGUUCAGGGCUGCCCGGGGUUGCCGGUUGCCGGGAGCAUCCCCUGCCUGGACCCGCGGCCCGGCGGAGCCCCAGGAGGGCAGCCGUGGUGGGCGGCGCCGGCGGAGGCGGGAGAGAACCAUGAGGCUGGCGCCGCGGACUGGAGGCGGGAGCCCGCCGCUGGAGGCCCGAUUCCUCCCGUGCUGCAGCGUCUCCGGGCCGUGUUGCUGCGGCUGCACCGCGAGCGGGAGCAGCUGCUCCAGGCCCGGGACUACGCCCGCCACCUACAGGCCGCCGUGAGCCUCCUGAGGAUCCCGAGUCCCGGCGCGCCAUCCCCCGGCCCCGGUCCCUUGCCUCAGCUGUGCCGCGACCUGCUGCCGCACCCUUCCCGAGGGGCCGUUCUGCGAACCGGCCUUCGGGAGACUCCUGAGCCGCUACUCGUGGCGCGCCCUGCCGGACUAGCCGCCCAGAGCCUAGAUGCUGCCAUCGAGAUGCAGCUUCGCGCUCUGGGCCGGGCGCCCGCCGGCCAGGGCUUGUCGUCCCAACUCGCCGACCUGCUGCUGGCGCUUCCCGCCUACCACCAGCUGCAGGGAAAAGCCGUGAGCCACCUUCCAGGGGCAGCGCGCCCUUUCCCCCCGGCCCGUGUGCUCCGCCUCCUGACGGGGGAGCGGGGUUGCCAGGUAGCAGGUCGGCUGGAUGAGGCGCUCAGGGGAUCGGGCUUGCGAGACCAGCUCCGCAGGCGGUGUCAUGAGGAGCGAGAGCUGCUGCCAGGGCUCCUGGGCCUGAUGGGAGGCGUGGCGGGUUCAGCCAGCAGCGGGCUGGGGCUUGGAGGGGCUGGAGCCCUGUGGAGCCAGUACUGGACCCUGCUGUGGGCAGCCUGUGCUCAGAGUCUGGACCUAAGUCUAGGACCCUGGAGGGACCCCAGGGGAGCGGCAGAACAGCUGAGUCAGGCACUGGGUCAGGCAUCCCUGCCUCAGGAGUGUGAGAAGGAGCUGGCUUCUUUGUGUCACAACCUAUUGCAUCAGUCUCUUAUCUGGAGCUGGGACCAAGGCUUCUGCCAGGCCUUGGGAUCUGCUGGUGGAGAUCAGAGCAGCCUUCCCUCAUGCUCUCAUACCACUGAACUUUUGCAACAGCUCUUCCCUCCUCUCUUGGAUGCCCUUCGAGAACCCAAGUCAAGGCUGCUCCUCUAUCAGCCUCCAGGUGAGACAAGGGGCUGGGGAUGGGGGAACAGGAGAACAGUUGAGGAUAUCCACUUUAUUCCUUCACUCUGUUUUGAAGCCUGCCUCCUCCCAAAGGUGCUCCCUGAUCCCUCAGAUACUUGUCCCUCCCCCUGCCCAGGUCCUGCACCCCUUGCCCUGGGGCUCUGUACCCUGCAGACCACCUUGCUCUGGUUUUGGGGGAGAGCUCAGCAGCAUCUGGCAGCGUGGGCCCCAGGUUCCUUCCUGCCCCUGAUCCAGAAGGACUUACCUCCUCUAUUGCAUGAGGCAGGAGCUCUGUCUCGCCUGGCCUCAGAGGAAAGCUUGGCCCUGGAAGUGGAGCAGCAGCUGGGCCUGGAGAUCCGGAAGCUAACUGCACAGAUUCAGCUCCUGCCUCAAGAGUCACUAAGUCUCUUUUUUCAAGAAUGUCAUAAACAAGCCACGCAGGGCUUUGAACUCUACAUGCCACGGGGUCGGUACUGGCGGCAUCGUCUCCGUCCUGAACUACCCAGCACUCCUAGUGAGUAUGCUUGGUUGGUGGUCCGUACUGUACUGGAGCCUGUGUUGCAAGGAUUGCAAGGAUUGCCACCCCAAGCCCAGGCCCCUGCCCUCGGCCAGGUGCUGACUGCCAUCCUGGGUGCCUGGCUUGACCACAUCCUCACCCAUGGGAUCCGGUUCAGGGGACGCUGCAGCUCAGACAAGACUUUGGAGUGGUCCGGGAGUUGCUGGAGGAGGAGCAGUGGGGCCUGUCCCCUGAACUUCGCCAGACUCUGCUCAUGCUCAGCAUCUUCCAGCAGCUGGACGGGGCCCUGCUAUGCCUCUUGCAGCAGCCCCUGCCCAAGACUCGAGGCCACAGGUGGCCUCCCUGUUGCUGUGAGUCCCUCUCCCUUCCCAACUCUAGGCUCUUUUGCCCCUGGCUCACUACUUUAUGUGCCCCAUCUCCCAUCCUCAUCACUGAUCUGGCUUCAGCAUCCCCCCCACCCCUCCAGACACCUGCCUUCCACUCCUGCCUUAACAGGUGCAUGUAAUGAGGUCCAGACCAUGGAAUUGCCCAGCAGCAGCCUCAACAGCCUGGAGAGCUUGGAGCCCCCUCUUCAGCCUGGAGCACCCCCAACCCAGACAGCUCAGCUGCUAAGCACACUGUGGGGAGGGGGACCCAGCCCUGAGGCUUACCUGGUGGGAAAUCAGCAGGCCUGGCUUGCCCUGAGGCAGCACCAGCACCCUCGUUGGCACUUGCCUUUUCUUUCCUGCCUGGGGACCAGUUCUGAAUCCUAAGGAGCCUGAUCAGAUGCCAGAAAGUCAGAGCUCCCCAUCUCUGGCUAGAAAAGCCCAGGCAUUGAGAACUGCAUAUUUAAAAAGCUUACAAUUGGGAGCUUGGAAGAAAGCACACCUGAGAACCACAAGCUCCAUAGAGCCUGGACUUACAAGCUAAGGGUCCAAGAUCACUCCAGUGCCUGGAAGUCAGAGUCAGGGGCAAAACCGCAGCUUGGAACCUGGAGGUCAGCCUCCUUGGGAGGCUCAGGCCUGGUUCCCCACCAGUGAAGGCAUCUCAGGGCUAGGCGCUGGAAGGAGGGCCAGACGCUGGGAGAAGGGCUAUAGGGUUGGAUCCCAGGGGAAUGGGAAAGAGAAAAAGCAAUAGAAAGCAGAGAGACUAGAUGCCACUUCCUCUUAAGUCCCAGGAGCCAGGCUAAACACAAAAUUAAUUCCUCAGGAACCACAGAGAUGGAAUAGGCAUUUCUACACCUUGAUCAGUCCCAAGAGCUAUAUUACCCUGUACUCCUCUCCCUAUUACUAUUUUCAGUCAUUUAAGAAUAUUGGGCUGUAGGACCUUCACGAGUAAGCUUUGGUUAUUCAGAGUCCACCAUGUUUAAUCUUCAGUUACCUUAGUGGGGUUUACCCCCUGGUAGGUGUAUAAUCCCUGCUGUGGUAGUGCCCUCUCCUUGGAAGGGACCAGCACUUAAGACGGCGUUAACCCAGAUCUGGCACAGCAGGGUCCGCAAGGGGAAAGGCUGCAGAAGACGGACGUAUUAUCAGAGCCAAGUGCAAACGGCUUUUGCACUAUGAAUUUAUUGUCUUCACCGUGGUACAAGAUAGGUAGUAUUUAUUGACCGCUUACUCUGGGACCCUCCAUAUCCUGUGCCGAAACCACCUCCACCUCUCUGCUUCCUGACCUUCGUCCUCCUGUCGGGCUGGGGAGCCGGGGGCGGCGGGCGGCGGGCGGCG